CAAACCUGCGGAUGGCAGCUGCCAGUGUAGUAUCGGAAUGUGGGUCGGAUGGACUGAUACUGUACACAGGUUGAGAGGAGGCCUGCCUGACAUGGUGUUGUGGUGGGGACCCGCUGUCCUUCACCUGGAGCCACAGUGACGGUAGUGACCGACCGUGGGAGGACGCCAUGUCUUCAGUCGUGUGCCUAGAACAGCGCCGCUGUUUGUCGUUGUUGUUCUACCGCGCAGUGCGGGACCUGAAGCCCGUGUGGAUGCUGGAGGAUAUGCGGACGAUGUUGGCCCUUUGCCCCGACGACGAGGACAACUCUCAGAAAACGUACAGUCCCUCGGAGGCGCUGCUUUACGCCAUUGUGCACGACCACCAGGCUUAUGCCCAGUAUUUAUUGUCACACUUCCCCGAAGAGGCGCUGGUGGAUCCCGGAGAGCGAUUUUGCAGCUGCCCUACACCAGCCCCGCACCUGUCUCUAGCCGUCCGUUAUGACAGGCACUCCAUCCUAGGUCUCAUCCUGCAAGUGGCUCACCGGCUCCCCAGCGGCUCCUCUGUUGUCAGAGACGGCUGUGACCAACAGGGCGAUGGUCGGACCCCCUUGCAUCUGGCCUGUGAGCUGGUCCGUCCUGAAGCUUUGCUGCUGUUGUUGGGCAGUGGUGUGUCCCCAGCGGUCCCUGAUGCCCAAGGCUGGACCCCUCUGGAUGUCCUGCUAGUGCCGCUCAAAGACUGUGAGGAGGCUAGCAGAGGACGGCGCCAUUGUCUGGACACACUCCUCAUGUUCAUGCCCAAGGUGGAAUUUCACUUGCGGGAGGCAUUACGUACAGAGCCCCAUCGCUGGAGACGAGCCCUAGGGCAUGACGCUGUGGAGUACCUUGCAGGGUUCAGGCCAGCCCCCCUUCUACUCAGUGCCAUGCAGACUGUCCUGCAGCAGCUCAGCCCCACCACCUUCUCUGACAGCCUGCUCCAGCUACCCAUCCCCUCCUCUCUUAAACCUCCUGGACUGUGCUGUGGUCCUCCCCAGUGUAAUGACAGGACUCUGUAACUGUAAAGAUGAGCAAUACAGACCUGGGCAGUAAAGUAAUGUAAAAGGACUUUAAGCCAGAUAUUUUUUUAAAAAUCUGGUCAAACUCAAGGACAUUAAUUAACACAGCUGUUAUAAGCUGUGGUUUAACUGUUAAUUAUGUUUCUGUGUUGUACACUGGUCAAAGGUGCUUUAAAACGUGUGAAAUGACAAUAACCAAUCAGGGAGCUUGGUCCUCUGUGACCAGGACCACACAUUUGAAUCUAAAAAGCAACUAAACCAUACCAACAUACAGAGUUAGAUACACAUGUCAGGUUCUGUCUACUACUGUUUAUCUCAACACCCUCUUCGAUUUAAUUUCAAAACUAAACCUUUACAAUACACUAAAAACUCUUUAUACCAAGUCAGGAUGCCUUCCAAUUAAAUGCCUUUUAAAACUGAUUUUAUUUUUUUAACUGAAUGAGUUAUAUGGAGUGAGAGUGGAUUGUGUGAGCACUGUGCAUACCAUAAGGUUUCUUGAAAUACCUAAUAAUGCAAUUUUGAUGUACGGUCUUCAAGUGAACCAUGACUUGAGAAAUGCUUUUUAAAAUUUCAGUGAACUGCAUAACCUGCAUUCUGUAUUCUGUGUGCACACCACUAACACUUAUUAAACAAUCCUAUCUUCAGGGAGAAGGAGUGGAUUUCAGCUUUGGACAUUUACAGCAUGGUACCAUUCAUGAAAUUACUCA